AUCAAAACAUAUUGGGGUUCACAACAACACAACACUUCAAUUGAUGUCACAGUUGUUGUGUAUGACUCCUAAGUGUUGUGUCUUUUAGUUAGAGACGAAAGAAACAGUUGUUUCAAUUGAUCCCAAAAAGUGGUGAUAAUUAUAACCAAUUGAUAUCUCAUUGAAUUGUAUUUUACAACACAAACAGUUGAAUGGACGACAAAGGCGGCGAUCUUAAAGAAUUUGGUCUCAACUCACCACUGGAUGAACGGCCCAAUGGAUCCAAAGAGUUAAUGGAAACCAUUUACGAGAUGUCAAACAUUAUGAAGACAGACUUAGAUCCCGAAUCAUUGGUCAUAUGUUUUAAGCUCAUCGAGAAUGGUGUCAAUCCCGAGGCUUUGGCCAAAGUUGUCCGUAAUUUAAGAAAACAAUCGCAGAUUAACAGGCAUUCACCCAAUUGUCACUUCAACUGAUCCAACAACUGAUUACUUCAUUAAACAUUA